AUGAUAGGCUUGAAACUGGACAAUGAUGAUUUAUCUAAGAUUUUCCCUAAGUGUCGCCCAUCUACUGUACGAUCUACAGACUUAAAUUUAAAUCCCCUCUGUGACGACGACACAGACCAUGAUAUGGAUUUGACUCAGCCAAAUGAACGUCAAAGAAAUAGGUGUGAUAACAUACGUGGAAAUGGUACUAGAAAACGUAGCAUUCGUGGAAUAAGAAAAUUUCGAACUCGCAGAAGAAGUGAUAGUGAUGCUAGUCAAGAUUCAUCAUUAGAAACUAGUAUUGAAGACGAUGAGGAAGAAAUUAAUGAAAACAUGGAUGAAGACGAUGAUGAUGAAUCUGAUAUCAAGAAUGCAUCUAGUGAAUCCGGGGGCAUGUGUAAUGUGGACAUUGGGGCGACUAAUCGAACAAGAAAUUCCAAUAAACUCAAUUUGACAUCACAACAAUCUACCUAUAAAUUGAGAGAUUCAAGAAUAAUAGAAAUAGCUGGAGGUCGAGAAGUCUAUAGUCAAAGUCGAAGUAAACCUGGACGAAAAACUCGUCAAUUACCUUUGCCUACAGAAGUUGAUUGGGUCAAAUCACCUGGCCGGGUAUGGGAACUUCGCAAUAGAGGACUCGAUGUUUCUAGCACUGAAUCUUCACGAGAGAUUUCUGAACCAGUAUUUUCUACUGAUGUAAAACCUACCAAACAUCAACGACCAUUAUCUUUAGAAUUAGAUGAUCCAGUUUUGUUUGAUGAUAUACAUAAUGAUAUGUGGGAUAAAGUUCAACAUGAUGCUUCAAUUGGGCACUACGGGAUGCAUCAUCAUAAAAAUACGUACCAAACAAUUGAUUCUUGUCAACACCAUUUAAAUUAUAAAACUAGUCAAAAUGGUGAUUUAAAUAUGAUUGCAAAUAGUAAUCGUUCAGAAAUAUCUAGCACUGAAAACACUGAUGGAUUAGUUAGGUCUCAAUGUGAAGUUCAGGCAAAUGAUUUUAAUGGAUCACCGAAACAAUACAGGGAGGAAGAACAAUCAAUGCCAUCUUUAUUAUCAUCUCCUACACUUUAUAUGCCUCGACCUGGAUUUCCUCAAAGAGUGAUUCAAGAUGAUUCUAGAUCUUCCAGUCCAUCUCCAACUAUGAAUUUCGAUUAUUUGUAUGAAUUUUCAGAGACUAGAAAAGUUUUGGAAGAAUUCUUUAAAUCUGGAGCUGAAAAUCAAGAUACUCAACAGUUGCAAUUCCAGGAUUUGGAAUAUGAAUUGCGAAGAAGAAUACCAGUUUCUGAACAAGGUAAUACAUAUGUUGGUAUGCAUCUAUCAAAUGAAGAUGUCCACAAAAACUCACAGUUAUCCCCACAUAAACAUGAUUCUUCAUCAGAUGGUUCUCGAUGUUUAGCUGGAGUUCAUCAAAGUUGUGUUGGAAGGUAUAGUCGUAAUGUAACUUUAUCACCUGAAGUAACAGACUGUGAAGAUGCUGGUAUGGGUAGUGAUGGUGAAUCAUCAUCUAUGGUGGAUGGUCAACACCUAAUUCCAUUAUGUGGUGUAACCUGUAUCACCAUGCCAGUUUUAGAAGAUGGAUUGUCUAGUGGUCAUACUAGUGAUACAGAUAAUAAUAAUCCAACUGUAUUGUUAAUGAAAAGACAAAUUAGUGAGAUUGAAAGAGAAAUUAUAGAACGUACAAAUAGAGCCAGUAAAUGUGAUAGCAUUGAUGCAAAUACAAGUGAGGUGGUACAUUCCAAUAGCCAAGAAACUGGAAUUCAGUUAUUGGAUUCACUAGUGAGACCUGACGAGAGCAGAACUCCUCCUCCACCAGCACCAACAGCACAUCGCAGUGCCAAUGAAUCUGCUGAUUUGGUUGAAGCUGCUAUUCAUGAAAUAAGAUCUAGUCUUAGACAAACAAAACCAUUGAAAACUACUAAUGUGGAUGAUGAUAUAUCUCCAGGUUGCAGCCCUAGCAAAGAUAGUACAAAUUCAAAUACUGCCAAAACUGAAGAUUUACCUAUUUGGGUACCAAGGCAUAGAGGAACUGGAUCUGGACCUAGUGGUGACGAAGAAGAAGCUGAUACAGACUUAGAAACAGAUAGACUUUUAGGACAACAAAGAACUGAUGACACUGGAUUCUUUGAUGAAAAAUCUGACUGGAAGAAGUCAAAAACACGGUCUAUGUUACCGUUUAGUUUGACGUCGUCAUCAAGCAAUACGUCCACACAUCCUACACCCGUAGAACCGGCUGCUAUAAUUGAAAAACCAUUCAUCGUAACCCAAACCCUUAACCCUGCAAAAAAGGAGAAAGAUGGAACUAAGAAAAAAGCUCGCAAUAAAGAAGUUAUGAUUCACGAACCUGCAGUAUUAAUUGAAGGCGUUUUAUUCCGAGCACGCUACUUGGGUUCUACGCAGUUGGCUUGUGAAGGACAACCGACAAAAAGUACUAGGAUGAUGCAAGCUGAAGAAGCAGUGUCUAGAAUAAAAGCUCCUGAUGGCGAGACUCAACCAAGUACAGAAGUGGAUCUUUUCAUAUCAACUGAAAAAAUAAUGGUUCUCAACACUGACUUGAAAGAAAUCAUGAUGGAUCAUGCCCUCAGGACCAUUUCUUAUAUAGCCGAUAUUGGUGAACUGGUUGUGUUAAUGGCUCGAAGACGUUGUUUCCUUACACACCAAGCAUCUGAAUCCACCACAGAAACUGCAUUAGUGCCUUCAAGUGUAAACGGCAUUGACAAAACAGCCAACAAUAGAACUCCCAAAAUGAUAUGCCACGUUUUUGAAAGUGAUGAAGCACAGUUUAUUGCCCAAUCUAUUGGCCAGGCCUUUCAAGUGGCAUAUAUGGAAUUCUUAAAAGCAAACGGCAUCGAAGAUCAUAGCUUUGUCAAAGAAAUGGACUAUCAAGAAGUAUUAAAUUCACAAGAAAUCUUUGGAGAUGAAUUGCAAAUGUUUGCAAAAAAAGAAUUACAAAAAGAAGUUGUAGUUCCAAAAUCUAAAGGUGAAAUACUCGGUGUUGUGAUUGUUGAGUCAGGUUGGGGUUCAAUGUUACCUACUGUUGUGAUAGCCAACCUGGCUCCAGCCGGAGCAGCUGCACGCUGUGGUCAGUUAAAUAUUGGUGACCAAAUCAUUGCUAUUAAUGGUGUAUCACUAGUUGGCCUCCCAUUGUCCACUUGUCAAAAUUAUAUCAAGAAUUCUAAACCUCAAACAGUGAUUAAAUUAACUGUUGUUCCAUGUGCCCCUGUGGUCGAAGUGAAAAUAAAAAGACCUGACACAAAAUACCAACUUGGUUUUAGUGUUCAAAAUGGUGUGAUAUGUAGUUUACUUCGUGGUGGAAUUGCAGAACGUGGUGGGGUACGAGUUGGCCAUAGGAUUAUUGAAAUAAACAAUCAAAGUGUGGUAGCUGUGCCACAUGAAAAAAUUGUCAACCUGUUGGCAACUUCAGUUGGUGAAAUUUUGAUGAAAACAAUGCCAACAUCCAUGUUUCGUCUUCUUACUGGUCAAGAGACACCUGUAUUCAUCUAG